AUGGCUGAUUCAAGAGUUCGCAAGAAUGCAACAGAACCAAUCAAUACAUACUCAUUCAUUCGCGGAAGUUACGAUUCAACAUUAACCAGAACAGUGAAUGAUAUAUUAAAUGAUUUGAAUAUUAAGGUAAGAGUUGAACAGAAGAAUGAAGAAAUAAAGACUAUCAUGAAUGAAAACAAAGAUGUAAACAUUGACGAUAAACUUGCCCAGAGCAUAGUUGAUGGCAUCUGUGAUUUUGAAGUACAUAAUGACGGUGGAAACAUGAAUUUAGAAAAAGAAGUUACAUUAUUCACACUGUUUCAAGCAAUUAAUUCGUUACCUAAUCAUUUAAUUAAUGAAGCAUACGAUAACGUUUAUAACUUCUGCAGUUUAACAGAAAAUGCAAAAAGUAAUUUUGAAAAAGCACGUAGUAGAUAUGCACAUUUAAUGACUUCUCCAUUUGUUUUAGUGAAGAUUCUAAAACUAUAUCAAAAGGAAUAUUAUGAUGAAUACGUUUUGCCUUUAUUACGCAAGCCAAAAAUAACAUUUGAUAUCAAACUUGAUGACUCGUUUUUGAUAACAGAUAUUAGACGUAAAGCUGAAAAUCAUCAGUAUAAAAACAGUUCUGAAGUAAUUGAGGAUUUAUCACGUGUAAUCCGUUUUGUAGAUUGUGGAAAUAAAUAUUUCAUUCAGAAAGAUUACAACAUACACGACAAAAUGAAUCAAAUAUCAUUCGUUCUUCAAUCAAACAUGAAAGAGUCACUUAAAAUGAUUAAGUUAUUUAAAGAAGAAGGUAAAACAAUAACAGCAUGGGACGUACUACUAAAUCAAUUGUCUUCAUUAACCGUUAAGGGUGUUUGCUUUAAAUCUGAUUCCCCAGAUGUUUUCUCAACGUUUCAGGGUUAUAAAUACAACAUUCUCGAAAAAGUAGAUUACUCAAAAAUUGAGAUGUUUAUGGAUUUCAUUAAAGAAGUCAUAUGCGAUAAUAACGAUGAAGUGUAUAAAUACCUUCUCGGCUGGAUUGCAUCAAUGAUUCAACAUCCUGGAAUCAAGAAUGAAACAGCAAUUAUUUUGAAAGGACUUCAGGGAACAGGUAAAAACAGAUUCACGGAUAUUAUUUCUGAACUUCUCGCCGGUUAUUCAUGUAAAAACAUUACCGAAAUAGGUGAGCUAACGGGUAAUUUCAAUUCAGUAGUUGAAAAUAAAAUGUUUCUUGUACUUAAUGAACUCAAGAAUGUUGGUGAAGACAGACUCGCAAACUUCAACGCUUUGAAAUCAAUUAUAACGGAUAAUGAGAUUAGAAUUAAUGAAAAGAAUCAACCCAGAAGAACUGCUCAGAACGUUGCAAACUUCAUUUUCGUAACUAAUAACGUUUACCCUGUCAAAAUUGAAGUUGGAGACAGAAGAUACGUA